GGGCAGGCGACUUCAGGUGAGCAGUUGCUCCUGGGGCAGCCGGUGGCGGCUCUGGGGGCCCAGCAUGCGCGGGGCUCCCUGCUGCCACCAUGUACGUGGGCUAUGUGCUGGACAAGGAUUCUCCCGUGUACCCCAGCCCCGCCAGGCCUGCGGGUCUUGGCCUGAGCCCGCAAGCCUACGGACCCCCGCCUCCGCCCUCCGCGCCACCGCAGUACCCCGACUUCACAGGCUAUUCUCACGUGGAGCCAGGCCCUGCGCCCCCGACGGCCUGGAGUUCUCCUUUCUCUGCACCCAAGGACGACUGGGCCGCCGCCUAUGGCCCAGGACCCGCGGCCCCCGCUGCCAGCCCAGCCCCGUUAGUAUUCGGCCCCCCUCCGGACUUUAGCCAAGUGCCUGCACCCCCUGGGCCCUCCCCAGGCCUCGUGGCGCAGCCCCUCGGCGGCACCGGGGCACCAUCCUCUCCCGGAGCGCAAAGGCGGACGCCCUACGAGUGGAUGCGGCGCAGCUUAACGGCCGGAGGUGGCAGUGGCAGCGGUAAAACUCGGACCAAGGACAAGUACCGUGUGGUUUACACCGACCACCAGCGUCUGGAGCUGGAGAAGGAGUUCCAUUACAGCCGAUACAUUACCAUCCGGCGGAAGUCAGAGCUGGCUGCCAAUCUGGGGCUCACAGAGCGGCAGGUGAAAAUCUGGUUCCAAAACAGAAGGGCAAAGGAGCGCAAAGUGAACAAGAAGAAGCAGCAGCAGCAGCCCCCACCGUCACUGCCACCAGCUCUAGAAGUCACCCCCACCACAGCCGGGCCACCCCUGGGGGGUCUGUGCUCCAGCUCUGCCAGCCUCCUGGGCACCUCCUCUCCACUGCCUAUCAAGGAGGAGUACCUACCAUAG